AUGGCGGAGAAUCACUGCGAGCUGCUGCCGCCGGUCCCGGGCGGCCUCGGGGCGGGGCUGGGGGGCGGCCUAUGCCGCCGUUGCAGCGCGGGGUUGGGCGGCCCGGCCCCGCGGCCCGGCACCGUGUCCAAGUGGGUCCGGCUCAACGUCGGCGGCACCUACUUCCUCACCACCCGGCAGACGCUGUGUCGAGACCCGAAGUCCUUCCUGUACCGUUUGUGCCAGGCGGACCCCGACCUGGACUCGGACAAGGAUGAAACUGGUGCCUACUUGAUAGACAGGGACCCCACCUAUUUCGGGCCUGUGCUCAACUACCUGCGACAUGGGAAGCUGGUGAUCAACAAGGACCUUGCUGAGGAGGGUGUGCUGGAGGAGGCCGAGUUUUACAACAUCACCUCGCUCAUAAAGCUUGUGAAGGACAGAAUCCGAGACCGAGACAGCAAGACAGCACAGGUGCCGGUCAAGCACGUGUACCGCGUGCUGCAGUGCCAAGAGGAGGAACUCACACAGAUGGUGUCCACCAUGUCCGACGGCUGGAAGUUCGAGCAGCUGGUCAGUAUCGGGUCCUCUUACAACUACGGGAACGAGGACCAGGCCGAGUUCCUCUGUGUCGUCUCCAAGGAGCUGCACAACAUGCCGUACGGCACGGCCAGCGAGCCCAGUGAGAAGGCCAAGAUUUUGCAGGAGCGAGGUUCACGGAUGUGA